ACGGGCGACCCGAACCCGUUCCUCGGUCCGCCAGGAGUACGCCUGCUCCUUGCGCUACGAGGCUUCGUCGGCUUCUUCGGGCUGUACACCAACUACGCUGCCCUGCAGUACCUCGCCAUGAGCGACGCCUCGACGCUCUUCUUCCUGUCGCCUAUCCUCGUCGGCAUCCUCGGCUGGGUCCUCCUGCGCGAGCCCUACUCGCGCCUCGAGGCCCUCGUCGGCCUCGCGUCCCUGUCCGGCACCGUCUUUAUCGCCAAGCCGACGUUCCUCUUCCCGUCGCGGACCCUCACCGAGGACAUCCCGGGCCACAAGGUGACGGCCGAGCAGCGCAGCUUUGCCAUCUGCCUCGUCCUCGCCGGGUGCUUCACGUCGUCGCUCGUCGCCAUCAUCAUUCGGUUCAUCGGCACCCGUGCGAGCCCGUUGCACAGCAUAUCGUACUUCUGUAUCUACUCGGUCCUCGUCAGCGCCCUGUACCCGUUCGUUUUCGACGCGCCGCCCGUCUUCAGCCUCUCGCCGCGCUUCUUCGGCCUCCUCCUCCCGAUCGGCGUCCUCGGGUUCGCCGCCCAGGCCUUGACGACACGCGGCCUCGUACUCGAAAAGGCCGGCCGAGGCGCCCUCGCGUCCUAUUCCGGCCUCCUGUUCACCCUCGCGAUCGAGCGCAUCGCGUUCAACAAGACGCCCGACGCGUGGUCCCUCCUCGGCGCGCUCAUCAUCGUCCUCGGCGCCGCGCGCGUCGCCCUCGAGCGCAAGGGCGGCUCGGCGGCCGCAUCGAGUGCGGGUGCGGGUGUGGGUGCGGGCGUCGACGCGGCGGCGGCAGGCGGCGAGGGGACGGAGCUCGCGAGGGCCCAGGUGAGCAGCGCGAGGGACGGGUACGAGCGGCUUGCGGCGGUCGAGCUCGGGCUGCAGAGGGGGCGCAGCAGGUCCAAGGCGGGAGGGGACGAGCUCGGGCUCGAGGAGGACGGGUGGGAGCGCGCGAGGGACCGAAAGGGGAGCGGUGGAGCUGGCGCGGCGAGGUGA